AUGGCGAGCGAAGCUGUCGAGGAGAACACUUGGGCUCAGGGUGAUGGCGACAAUGAAGUUGAGGGAGGAAAUGAAAAUAUACAACUUAGUGACAACACACAAGACCAAGACUUGAAUCUUUCCGCUUCCGCUUCCGCUCCUGCUUCCGCAGCCGCUCAAACAUCUGGUGAUUCCGCGCCCAAUACUGUUGGCGUUUCCGAAGAUGUGGGUGAAUACGAUCCAGAGUCUGUCUCUGUGACUCCACUGCCGCAUCUGGGCAAGCAGACUUCCCUGGAGCCUGCUCCUCAGCCUGCUCCUCAGCCGGUCAACAAGAAGCGCAAGACAGCCGGAGGUUUCCUAGUGGGAGACUCCGAGUCUGAGGAUGAUGACGCCUCGACGCCUGUUCCUGCUUCCAACGGCCCGCCUGCUGAGCCAAUCCAAGCCUCUCACUCUCUUCCUCGUUCUUCCCCUCAUGCUUCCACUCCUGUCCAGGAAGCCCAGGGAGCUGUGUCUAAUGUACCCCCAACUUCUCAGGCGAUUAACGCCCCAGCUCAGUCGGUCGACGAACGAGACAGUGGCUCUGUUGCCCCGGUGGAGCCCAUCAACAACGGUGUCAAGCCUCCUCAGGAUGUGGUCACCACGCUUGAGGCACGCAUCAAGGAGGAUCCUCGUGGGGCCAUGGAUGCCUGGCUGGAUCUAAUGGCUGAGUUACGGGCGCGAAACAAUGUUGAAAGCAUUCGAUCUGUGUAUGAGCGCUUCUUGGCUGUCUUCCCGCAGUCCGCGGAUAUCUGGACCGCGUACAUGGAGUUGGAGCUGAGCAUGAACAAUUUCGGUGGGGCAGAAGAGCUGUUCAAGAGGACACUGCCAACUAUCCGGAAUGUGAGGCUGUGGACCGUGUACCUCGACUACAUCCGACGACGCAACGAUCUGAGCGACACGACGGGUCAGGCUCGGGAGACUAUCGCGAAAUGCUUCGAGUUUGUUCUCAGCAGUGUCGGUGUUGACAAGGAUUCUGGGCCGAUCUGGGCAGAGUACAUUCAGUUCAUCAAGUCUGGGCCAGGUCAGGUAGGGGAGACCGACUGGGCAAGUCGGCAGAAGAUGGACCAACUGCGGAAGACAUACCAACGAGCCAUUGCCAUCCCCACUCGAAACCUCAACACUCUCUGGCGCGAAUAUGAUCAAUUCGAGAUGGGAAUCGAUAAGAAGGUCGGGCGUGCGCUUCUCGCCCAACACUCUCCGAAUUAUAUGUCUGCCAAGAGCACCAAUAUGGCCUUGGACAACAUCACUCGAGGUCUGCAACGGACCAACCUCCCGCGACUUCCGCCAGCGCCGGGCUUCGAUGGUGAUGAUGACUAUACCGAGCAGAUCGAGCUGUGGAAAAAGUGGAUCAGCUAUGAGCAGUCGGAUCCGCUUGACUUGAAAACAGAAGACGGUGCCACUCUGAAGAAGAGAGUCCUCUACGUGUACCAGCAGGCUUUGAUGGCUCUUCGGUUCUGGCCAGAGAUGUGGGUUGACGCUGCCGAGUGGUGCUUCGAAAAUGAGAUGGUGGGUCCAGAUGGCAGAGACAAUGGCCUCGAGCUCCUGCUGCAGGGCAUUGAGGCUAAUCCAGAGAGUGUCUUGCUGGCUCUUAAGCACGCGGAUCGCAUUGAGGCCACUCAUCCUAUUGCCGAGGGCGACGAAGCAAAGGCUAAUCGCGGCAACGCCAUCAAAGCUCCUUACAGUAAAGUCUUGGAUACCCUGUACGACUUGGUCAAGAAGGCCAAAGACCAGGAGAAGGCGGUCAUCGACAAGAUCAAUGAGAACAUUGCGUCCGAAUCUGCGCCGCAGAGGUCUGCAGAUGGUGAAGAGGACUUCGAUGCGUCCGAGGAUAAGGAUGCCAGGAUUGCCGCAAAACAAGCACAGAUCAAAGCUAUACAGCAGGGCUUCUCAGCUCGGACGAAUGUUCUGUCUCGAACUAUUUCCUUUGUUUGGAUCGCCCUCGCAAGGGCAAUGCGUCGGGUUCAAGGCAAAGGCGUUGUAGGCAGUACCAUCGGUGGCAUGCGACAGGUUUUCACCGACGCCCGUCAGAGGGGCCGCCUGACUAGCGACGUCUACGUCGCCAUUGCUCUCAUGGAAUGGAAGGUGUACAAGGACAAUGCUGGGGUCAAGAUCUUCGAGCGAGGUGCCAGGCUUUUUCCAGAAGACGAAUAUUUCAUGGUCGAAUACCUCCAAUUCCUUCAUUCGAGGGACGACUUCACGAAUGCCAGAGUCGUUUUUGAGAACUGUGUCAAGAAGAUGACGGAAAAGCCUGAGUCCGCGGACAAGGCCAAAGCCUUGUUUGCGUACUUUCACAAGUACGAGUCGCAAUUCGGUGACAGAUCUCAAUUCGUCAAGCUGGAGCAACGCAUGGCUGAACUUUUCCCUGAUGAUCCCAAGCUGGCUCAUUUCAAGGCACGCUUCGCCACGGCAAACUUUGACCCAAUCGCAGCUCGUAUCAUUGUGUCGCCCUCUGCUCAAUUGCGCCCCAAGAAUAUCAUGCCCUCGAUUGAACAACGAGGGUCCGUGUUAAACAGUCCUCGCCCCUCCGUUCGACAGCCGAAUAGUCCGCGCCAACAAUUUGUCAACUCGCCGAAACGACCUCUACCAGUCGAAGAUCUAGACGACUCGUUGAACCCUCCCCGCAAAAUGCAGCGCGGCGAAUCGCCGCUGAAGGGCGCGGCUGGUAGGCGCCUCAAUCAACAGAAUCGCAUGCAAGCCGCCCCGAUCUCCCGCGACAUCACGUUCUUGUUGAGCCAAAUCCCGCCGGCCUCGGCCUACGAUUUCCCUCGUUUCAACUCGGGCAAUAUGGUCCGCUUCAUUCGGGACAUUCCUGUCCCAGAUUUUGCAACUUGGAAGAGCAACCAGGACCGGGGAAUCCGCGACAAUGGAGCCCGAAUGCCACCAUCGCACGCUCGCCAAGUAUCCAACGACGUCACGCAGUAUCCAUUCCAAGGCCGCAACUCUCCUCGACCUCAGAGUCCCUUUGGCGCAAGCCGUGGACAGAUCGCCUCCGCUGCUGCUACUUACAGACAGUCGUCUCUCCGUCCCGGAUCUAGCGGCUCGGGCUACGAGCCACCACCUCCCGCUGCAAUGUACGGGCAAACUGCGCCGCCUGGAGCACCACCGCCUUUGGGUUACGGUCCUCCACCGCCAAUGAUGCCUACCCCUGACGGAAAUUGGCCACCGCCCAUUUAUGGCGCCCCUGCAGGCGCGCCCCAAUUCACUGUCCCGACCCCUCCUUUUGGUCAAGGUCCACCGCAGCACGAUCAGUACAAUGGUCGUUAUUACUAG